AUGGCCGUCGUUGGAAUUGACUUUGGCACAUUGCAUUCAAAGAUUGGUGUCGCCAGACAUCGCGGCAUCGAUAUUAUCGUUAACGAAGUUUCAAAUCGUGCGACCCCAUCGUUGGUCGCUUUCGGUCCAAAACAACGUGCAAUCGGUGAGGCUGCGAAGACGCAGGAGACCUCCAACUUCAAAAACACCAUCGGCUCGCUCAAACGCCUCAUCGGACGAACUCUGAACGAUCCUCAGGUGCAUGACGUGGAGAAAAAGUUCAUCAACGCGAAGCUCGUUGAUGUAAAUGGGUCUGUUGGAUCUGAGGUGACAUACCGUGGCGAGAAGCACACCUACUCGUGGACGCAGAUCACCGCCAUGUAUCUGGGCAAACUGCGCGAAAUCGCCGCUGCUGAGCUUAAGACCGGUGUCAGCGAUGUCGUCAUCUCUGUGCCAGGAUGGUUCACUGAUAUCCAGCGCCGUGCCGUCAUCGACGCUGCCUCGAUCGCCGGUCUCAACGUCCUCAGACUCAUCAACGACACCACCGCCACUGCCCUCGGAUACGGUAUCACCAAAUCCGAUCUCCCAGAUCCCGAGAAUCCGCGGCACGUCGUCUUUGUCGAUGUAGGGCACGGCGACCUCUCCGUCGCGGUAGUCGCCUUCUCCAAGGGCCAGCUGAUAGUCAAGAGCACCGCGUAUGAGCCCAAUCUCGGUGGCCGCGACAUCGAUUACGCGCUCGUAGAGCACUUUGCACACGAGUUUAAGACCAAGUACAAGAUCGACGUGAUGAGCAACCCCAAGGCCAUGUUCCGGCUGACCGCGGGCUGCGAGAAGCUGAAGAAGAUCCUGUCCGCCAACACCGAGGCGCCGCUGAACGUCGAAUCCAUUAUGAAUGACGUCGACGCCUCGUCGAAACUCACCCGCGAGGAGCUCGAAGGUCUCAUCAAGCACGUUCUGGAUGGCAUUCCGGCACCUCUGCAACGUGCCGUCGCCGACUCAGGCCUCACCCUCGACCAGAUCGACUCGAUCGAGCUUGUGGGUGGAUCGACGCGCGUACCGUCUGUGCGUCAGCGCAUCCAGGAGGUCUUCCCCGGCAAGCAGCUCUCUUUCACCCUCAACCAGGAUGAGGCCAUCGCACGAGGUGCAACAUUCGCGUGUGCGAUGCUCUCCCCCGUCUUCCGUGUCCGCGACUUCCAUGUCACGGAUAUCAACCACUUCCCUAUCAAGACCCAAUGGACCGCUCUGCCUUCCGAUCCCGACGACGAUACCGAGCUCCUCGUCUUCCCCAAAGGCAAUUUACUGCCAUCGACCAAAGUCCUAUCGUUCUACCGCAAGGAGCCGUUUAACAUUGAAGCUCGCUAUGCGGAGCCGGCGUUGCUUCCAGGUGGCAUCAACCCUUGGAUCGGCAACUUCACGGCCAAAGAUAUCUCUCCAGCACCAAAUGGUGACUCUGUCUGCGUCAAGCUAAGGACUAAGCUCAACAUCCAUGGUAUCGUCUCGUUUGAAAGUGCUUACGUCGAGGAGAUUGAAGAGAAAGAGGAACCAGCGCCGAUGGAUGUCGACACUCCGGAGGGCACCCCGGCGCCACAGCCAAAGAAGAGGCGAGUGAUCAAGAAGGACGUUCCUUUCGUGGCCACGAACAGCUCGCUAGAGAAGGAGGUCGUUGAGAGCUACAGAGAAGAGGAGGCUUUGAUGCACGCUGCUGAUAAGCUCGUCAUGGACACUGAGGACCGUAAGAACGCCCUCGAGGAGUAUGUCUACGAUAUGCGCGGCAAGCUCGAGGACCGAUAUGCUUCAUACGUUCAGCCCGAGGAGAAAUCCAAGCUCUUGGCCGGUCUCCAAGAGGCCGAGGACUGGCUAUACACCGAGGAGGGCGAGGAAGCCACAAAAUCCGCCUACGUUCAGCGCCUCGACACUCUUAAGGCCAUCGGCGACCCAAUCGUCUUCCGCUACAAGGAAGUCGAUGAGCGCAAGAAGUCGACUGCGAACCUCCGCGAGACCCUCAACAACUACAUGUCCCAGGCAACUUCGACAGACGAGAAGUACGCGCACAUCGACGAGAAAGACAAGCAGGCCGUCGUUGAGAAGGUGGCGACGAUCCAGAAGUGGCUCGAGGAUCAGACCGUCCGGCAGUCUGAGCGCCCGAAGAACGUCGAUCCCAUCUUGAAGAGCGCCGAGAUCGAGAAGAAGAGGGACGAGUUGAUCUACUUCGCCAUCCCGAUCUUGACCAAGCCGAAGCCGAAGCCAGUCGUCACCUCCACCCCCGCCUCUGGGACCCAGACACCCAAGGAAGAGCCAAAACAAGACAAGACUCCGCCACCGCCCCCCAAGGAGGAGGACAAGGGCCCCUCUGAGAUGGAUGUGGACUAG